GUCUAUGAUCCCAACAUUGUCUUUGCCUCACCUAGUGAAAUCUAGCAAGGCCAAGGUUUUGUGUAAAGUUAAAGAUCCCUCUCGGUUCUUGUAUACCUUGGAUAUUGAUGACACAACAAAUAAGAGCAUGACAGGCUUGGUAACAAGCAAAGCACAUAAGUUAUCGAUGAAGUACAGGUUCCAAAAUCGCCAUAAGGCAUAUCAAAGUAGUAUGGGAGGAAGUAAACUUAGCACUACUGGGGUGGAAGAGGUCAAUGAUUUGUCACAGAUUAAGCUUCCGCCGCUUUCUAAAGCUUCAGCAACUCCUGUUGCCACUCGUGGAACGAAGAUCCUAAAUUUCCAGAGGGAGGAAUUGGCCAAGGAAAGCGCAAUUGAUCGCUCUUUCAGUGAGCUGAAAGAGAUUAAGCUUCGAACACCUAUUAAAAUAAGCAAUAAGCUAAAGAAAGUUACAAAAGAGCUUAAUAAAGAGCCCUUGAAACCUGAAAUUCAAAAGCCAGAAAUCCAGAAGCCAAUAAAAUUCAGAAAUGCUAAUACACAGACUUCGAGCGAGCAAGUGGUUGUGAAGAAAGUAACGAUCCGGCCUAAGAAGGUGCCCAAAAUAAAUUACCUAACAGCUUACCUAGAUAGCUUAGUUGAGGACUAUAAGUUAUCUCGGAGGAAGAUAUCCAGGAAGACAAAGAAGAGAAGGAUCAAGCCAGCUUUGCCAAAAUUCAGCUAA